AUUGACGGUAGCAACGGCCUUGAGGUGUUGCUAUCCGGUGAGACGGCGCCACAGGCGGCCUGGCUAGCCGAGGUGCGUCGUGACUUAGCUGAUCGACACGCCGAGUUCAGCUUUCUACAAAUUGCGCUCUGGCGUCAGACUGCCGGUUUACGGACGCCGGUUCGAGGCAGUGGCAAGUUGAGCCGAGCCGGGACCAAUGGCAAAGUCAAUGUGGAUGUCAGCGCUGAGAGUGUGAUGCUAUUGCCAGGUGACUCGGGCCAGUCGAGGGCGCCCAACGAUGCCGGCCUCCUGUUGCGCUAUCUCUAUCCACGCAUCACACGAUCCGGACAGACCAUCAGUGACGAGCUCGACCGAUUACGUGGCGUACAGACACAAGUUGACCGACGUCAUGCUCAGUUGACCCAGCAGAUGCGUCGUCGACGCGGCCAGUUGGUUGAUGGCUUGUUGGCGGGGCACAUCGCUGUGCAGACUUUGCUUGAAAUGGCCGAAAAAAAUGACAGUCUCAUCGGUCGACUUGUGAAAGCAAGACCUCUUUUUGCUCAACUUCGACGUAUCAUCAUGGCCGGACCCGACGAUGCGAUCACAGCCCUACCGACCUCGCGGUCCAAGCCCGAGUCCGAGGAGGAAGAGGAUAAAGAUGGGGGAGAGAUGAGGAACGGGUACAGCACGGCGUGA